AAGAAAACAGUAGACAGCUUGUGCUCUGCUAGUUUUAAACGCCAUCUUAAACAGAAAGGGGCUUUAAACCGGGAGAAAACAGGAAAACGGGCACUAGAGAAGAUACGCCGUUGCGUCCGCCUGUGUUUUUAACCCUCGGGUUCCUCUGGAGCAGCACCACUCGUGGCUUUUGGCGUUUUUAACACAUUCAAAGUAGUGAGGAAAUCAGCGAGGCUCUGGUUAGCCUCUAGCUAGCUAGCGAGGGGGAGGGGCGGGGGUUUUGGUUUUUUUCCGCAGCUGAAGUUGUUUGUUUAUGUUAUUCCACACGGACAUGUCCUCUUCAAACCCAGAGUUACCAGACCCAAAUCUGGGUAUGGGGGCAAGUGGGACCCAAGCAGGUGGCGGGUCUGUGGUGCCAAAAGGGACCAACAAGAGACGAGCUGCGCCAGACUUCGAUGAUGAUGAUGGUGAAGGAAGCAAGUUGUUCAGGUGUGACGACGAAACACCCGGCUCCAACAAUGACAAGGAGCGCUUUGCCAGGGAGAACCACAGUGAGAUUGAGAGGCGGAGGCGGAACAAGAUGACCGCCUACAUCACAGAAUUAUCAGACAUGGUGCCCACCUGUAGCGCUCUAGCACGGAAACCAGACAAACUGACCAUUCUACGAAUGGCUGUGUCCCAUAUGAAGUCUCUGAGAGGAAGUGGCAACACCAACGCAGAUGGAUCAUAUAAACCUUCCUUUCUCACUGACCAGGAGCUGAAGCACCUCAUCCUGGAGGCAGCUGACGGUUUCCUGUUUGUGGUGUCAUGUGAGACUGGUCGCAUUGUUUAUGUCUCAGACUCCCUGACACCCGUCCUCAACCAGUCACAGUCUGAGUGGCUCGGCUCUUCCCUUUAUGACCAGCUCCACCCAGAUGACACAGAAAAGCUCAGGGAGCAGCUUUCCACUGCAGAGAAUAACAACACAGGGAGGAUGUUGGACUUGAAGACAGGAACAGUGAAGAAGGAAAGCCAGCAGUCAUCAGCCAGAAUGAGCAUGGGAGCCCGCCGGUCAUUCAUCUGCAGAAUGAGGUGCGGCUCGUGUCCAGUGGAACCGUUGUCGAUGAACAGACUGAACUUCCUUAGGAACAGAAACAGGAAUGGUUUGGGUGCAGCCAAGGAAGGGGAGCCCCAGUAUGUAGUGGUCCACUGUACAGGAUACAUCAAGUCGUGGCCUCCUGCAGGAGUAUCAUUAACAGAUGAUGAAGCAGACAAUACUCAGGGGAGUCGCUACUGUCUAGUUGCCAUUGGGAGAUUACAGGUGACUUGUUGUCCAGGUGACUCAGACAUCGAUAGCAUCAGUGUUCCAGUGGAGUUCAUCUCGCGUCAUAACUGCCAGGGCAUGUUCACCUUUGUGGACCACCGCUGCAUGGCCACUGUUGGCUACCAGCCGCAGGAUUUACUGGGUAAGAAUAUUCUCGAGCUCGCCCACCCCGAAGACCAGGGCUUACUGAGAGACAGCUUCCAACAGGUGGUGAAGCUGAAGGGCCAGGUUUUGUCGGUGAUGUUUCGGUUCCGCUCCAAAUCGAGAGAAUGGAUCUGGAUGAGAACCAGCUCCUUCACCUUCCAGAACCCGUUUUCAGAGGAGAUUGAGUAUAUCAUCUGUACCAAUGUCAAUGUCAAUAGAAACUCGACUCAGGAACCCCUCACUCCCAUCUCCUCCCCAGGGGGUUUGCUGCCCCCUUCUCUGGGUCAGAGCAGCCCAAGCGGCCCUCCUGUAGUGCUCAGCCCGGGGCAGGUAGCCACCAGGCAGUUACAGCAUCAGCAGCAGGCCGAGCUGGAGGGAGGUGGAGCCAGAGACGGACUGUAUGAGGCUGGACCAAUCACCCUCUCACAGAUGCCGGUCCAGCCGGUGCAGCCAGUCACCACUGCAGGGCCAGACCACAGCAAGACCCUUGAGAAGCCAGAGCUCUACUCCUCCCUUUUCCAAGGCCCAGAUCAGACCAAGGGCAUGCCCUCCACCUCCACUCCCUCCACACAGAUUUACCCUCCAGCCAACAACUUCACUGCUGGUCGGCCCAACGAUGCAUACAGGCAAGUCAGUAUGACUCAGCAGAUGCCACAGCCAGCCCACUCAGCAGGACAGAUGCUGGCUCAGAUGUCUCGUCAAAAUGGUGCCCCACAGUCAGUUACUCCCUCCAGCACUGGCAGCCCCCUCCAUGGAGGACCAGCAGGAGGAUGGCCUGGAAAUGGAGCUGGAGCUGGAGCUGGAGUUGGAGUUGGAGUUGGAGUUAGACCACAAUUUAAUAACCAGCAGGUGGCUCCCCAGGCAGCAAAGACCAUGACCCCACCAUUUGCUCCCAUGGGAGGAUUUGGAGGUGGCUCUUCCAACUCUUUUGGCCAGAUGCCUACAGGUGCUGCUCCCACCCCCACCAGCGGUGCAAACUACCCACAAAUGAACACUCGUGCCAGCCUCAACACCAAUGGUUAUGAUGGCUCUCAGUCUGGGGCACAGUUCCCGUCUCGAGCAGCAGAGGCAGUGUGGCCCCAGUGGCAAGGCCAGCAGCACUCGCAGAGUAACGCAGAGCAGCAUCCUCAUGCUCAGGGCAACCAGGAAGACAUGUAUCCUGAUGUGUUGUCUAUGCUGGACCAGCCUGCCAACUUCAACAGCGAUGACUUUGAGAUUCCCAUCUACCCUUCGUUUACCGAGUGACCUGGUCAAUACUUUUCCCCUGGUCUACCCCUUUGUCUUCUUGACUUUUUGUUAUAUUUAGCUCUUCUGCUCCUGUUUUCUUCCUGCUCCUGAGAGUAGCACUCUUCCCUUGCUUUGCAUGGCUUAAACUGCACUGCCACAAGCCAGUUAAAGAUGGAGGGAUGUAUCUGACUGCAGAUAUAUAGGAGGGGAAAAUCAAGGACUUGCUACUGACUAAAACAUAAUUAUUUUAACAAUAUUCCAGCCAUUGUAAGAGAAAUCUCUAGCUAGCACUGCCCAAAGCUCAACAACCUAUGUUGUAGAUAUGUGAUAUAUAUACACACACACACACACACACACACACACAUAUAUAUAUAUAUAUAUAUAAAAGCGCACAAUCACACAGCCACACUUGAAUAGACUGAACGAAAACACGCUCUGGUUAACACACAAACACACACACACACAAAGGCCUUUUAUUCUAAUAUAUUCCUGGUUUUUCUCAGGCAUUGAUGAAAAGUGUAUUUUGCUGUUCUACGCUUUAGCAUGUAGACUAAUCACUCCAGUCGUUGAUUUAAACUCUCAGGAAAUUGCAGUGAUAUACAGCUUUGGUGAUUUAAAAUAAACAUGAAAUCUCAACUGUUGCACGCAAACCACCACUGUCUGUGCUAACCUCACUCACAGUUCUAAAUCCAUUGCAUGUCUCUGCAUGUCAGCACUGCUUUCAUGGAGCGCUUCUACAAAGUGUAGAUUUAUACUGAGUACAGUUUUCUAUGUGCAUUGGUGGCAUCACCUAUAAAUUUUAGUGAUUUCAUUUUUCCUCUAAGGAGCAUUUAAGGUUUUUUUUUCUUCAUGAAAUGUUGUACUUAAACAACACAGACACAUGGUGUUACAGUGGCUACAUACUGUUUUUCUUGGUGCCCAUUGGAAAUGUAUACAGUCUAUUUUUGUUUGCCUACAUAUACAUAUAUACAGUAUGCAUGUGUGUAUGUUUGUUAAAUGGAUGCGUACAAUAUCAUUAUCAAUUUUAACACAGUGGUAGAGUUUCUGACUUGCUUGAUUUACUUCUUUCUGUCAUCCUGCAUUAUCCUGUACCAAGUAUGGGCCUUUUGUACUCUUUUGUAAAAUAAUUUUUAAAAAGAAAUCACACAGCAAUAAUUAACAAGCAGGAAUUGUGUACUUUUAAAGCCAUUCUUUAUUGUUGUUAUAAAUAUUUUCCUUGAUUAAUGUUAUUUUUGAAUUGGGGAGAUGUGAUAGUAAUGUUUGAUUUAAUUGAAGUGCUUCCCUCGUAUUUUAUUGUUAUUUUGAAACUUAAUUAUCACUUAACUUCUCUGUUGCCCUUUUCUGAUCGGUAUAUUAUUAAUGGUUUGAUCAGGGUAUUUAGGAUUAAAAUGGAAUAAACAGAGCUAAAAACAAGAUGAUCCGCAAGUGAGAAUGUCCAAAAAGAUAUUUUUAUCUAGUGUUUUGUCCCCUUGUCCUCUUGUUUGUGGCAAACAUUUGGACUAAGACUGAAUCUUUGCCAACAAGAUCCAAUCACCUGUGAUUUACAAUCAGUUUUUGGUGAGUAUGUAAUUUAGAAGAAUGUUGUGGGAUGAAAGAUAAUGUUUCUAAAAAUAUUUAAGUUUUUAAUGUGUGGUAUUGGUUAAAAUUUGACCCUUUUUAUUAGUUUUAAAUUGUUUGUGUGUAACACUUGCACACUCACUAUGACAAAUUAUGUAACUGUAUGUAAACCCAUGUUGGUAAUUGUCUGGUUUUCAUCUUCAAAAGGAUGUUGGUGACUGUGUUGUCUUUGUUGUUGAAAACCUUUUUGGUUGCUCUGUAUCCAGGUUUUAUUUUUGUUUUGUUUUUUUCAAUGAUGUGAACUUUUAUCACUCAUAGAAACACAAAUAUAUAAAUAUACUGUAUAUGUAUAUGAAAUGUUAAAUGAGAGAAUGUUUGGUUUUUGUAUUAAAUUGUUAUAUUGUC